AUGGCGGCUCCUGGAACACAGUCACUCAAAGUUGGUCUCUCCCUCAACAUUUACAUCUUUGGUACCACCACAGGCGUAUCCCGGCUAACUCGUGUUUGUUUGGAUAGUGCGUUGUCACUGGUGAUGACAUGUCUCCUCAUCUCCUAUACCACGAAUGCCUUCCCAGGCGAAUACAUCCCAACAGUUUUCGACAACUACUCCGCUAGCGUAAUGGUAGAUGGGAAACCGAUUAGCUUAGGCUUGUGGGAUACGGCAGGGCAAGAAGAUUACGAUCGCCUGCGACCACUCUCGUACCCCCAGACCGACGUUUUCUUGAUUUGCUUUUCGAUCGUCAGCCCACCUUCAUUCGAUAACGUCCGCGCAAAGUGGUUUCCUGAGAUCGACCAUCAUGCCCCAUCUGUCCCGAUCAUUCUUGUCGGUACCAAACUCGAUUUGCGUGAGGAUCCAGCGACACUCGAGAGCCUUCGAGGGAAACGAAUGGAGCCCGUCUCGUACGAUCAAGCUCUAAUAGUUGCCAAGGAAAUUAGAGCGCAUAAAUAUUUAGAAUGUUCAGCUCUCACUCAAAGAAAUUUGAAGAGCGUAUUCGAUGAGGCUAUCAGAGCCGUUCUAAGCCCCAGACCACAAAUCCAGAAGAAGCAGAAGGGAAAGUGUGUGGUUCUGUAA